GCCUUCCCUUGUCCCUCUCCUCUCUCCAAAUAUAUGCGCAUCACCAAAUCUCAUCGUCCUCAACCAAAACCCCCAUUGCAUCGCCCUUUCUCUCUGAAUCCCUUCUCACUUCUCACCCCUGCAAUCCAAUCCAAUCCAAUUCAAUUCAACCCACCAUCCCAAUCCGAUUCACCUCCGACGCAAUUCAUUUCGAUCCGAGAACCGUCCACUCCUCGAUCUAUAAUCCCCAGAUUAAUUGUCGUUUGUUUUAUUCAUUAAAUGCUUGAUUUUUGAUCGGAUUGGAUCCGAAUCGGACGGCGAACGCUUGCCUGGGAUGGGAAGAGCCGGUGAAUGAGAAUUCUAUGAGUGCUUGAACCAAAUAUGCCCGGUUUAGCUCAGAGAAAUGACCAAUUCAGUAAUGGGUUGUCGCCCAUUUACUCACUAUCUUCGCCCAACGGAUUUUGGUCCAAGCAUCGUGACGAUGUUAGCUACAAUCAGCUCCAGAGGUUUUGGAGUGAUCUAUCACCACAAGCUCGACAGAAGCUUCUCAGGAUUGACAAGCAAACCCUUUUCGAACAAGCUCGGAAGAAUAUGUACUGCUCUAGAUGCAAUGGGUUACUGCUUGAAGGUUUUUUUCAGAUUGUCAUGUAUGGCAAGUCUUUGAAGCAGGAGGGAACAUGUGAGCAACUAUCCUGCAACAGGUCAAGGGCCUCCAAAAAUCAAAACGAUGGUGGAUCAAGUAUUACUAAUGGGUGCCAUGACGAAAUACCAGAUCCAUCUGUCCAUCCUUGGGGUGGUCUAACCAUAACGCGUGAGGGGUCGUUGACGCUGAUUGAUUGCUAUUUGUAUUGUAAGUCUCUCAAGGGACUUCAAAAUGUAUUUGACAGUGCACGUGCAAGAGAACGAGAACGUGAGUUGCUUUAUCCUGAUGCAUGUGGCGGGGGAGGUCGGGGUUGGAUAAGCCAAGGAAUGGCAAGUUAUGGCAGAGGACAUGGAACAAGAGAAACUUGUGCAUUGCACACUGCUAGGCUUUCUUGCGAUACAUUGGUUGAUUUCUGGUCAGCACUUGGAGAAGAAACUCGACAGUCCCUUCUUAGGAUGAAGGAAGAGGAUUUUAUUGAGAGGCUCAUGUACAGGUUUGAUAGCAAGAGAUUUUGCAGAGAUUGCAGAAGGAAUGUGAUUCGUGAGUUCAAGGAGCUAAAGGAGCUGAAGCGCUUGAGGAGGGAACCUCGCUGCACUAAUUGGUUUUGUGUUGCAGACACCGCAUUUCAGUAUGAGGUAUCUGAUGCCACAGUACAAGCUGAUUGGCGCCAUACUUUUGCUGACACUGUUGGUACAUACCAUCAUUUUGAGUGGGCAGUUGGAACAGGCGAGGGAAAAUCAGACAUUCUGGAAUUUGAAAAUGUUGGCAUGAAUGGGAGUGUGAAGGUCAAUGGUCUAGAUCUCGGUGGUUUAAGUGCAUGCUACAUUACCCUGAGGGCUUGGAAACUAGAUGGCCGUUGCACCGAGCUUUCUGUAAAAGCUCAUGCAUUGAAGGGUCAAGAAUGUGUUCACUGUAGGCUUAUUGUCGGAGACGGCUAUGUAACAAUCACAAGAGGAGAAAGUAUUAGAAGAUUUUUUGAGCAUGCUGAAGAGGCAGAGGAAGAAGAGGAUGAUGAUUCCAUGGACAAAGAUGGAAAUGAACUGGAUGGAGAAUGCUCCCGUCCGCAAAAACAUGCGAAGAGUCCUGAACUUGCUCGAGAAUUUCUACUAGAUGCUGCAACUGUUAUUUUCAAGGAACAGGUGGAAAAAGCAUUUAGAGAAGGAACUGCUCGUCAAAAUGCACAUAGCAUCUUUGUUUGUCUUGCACUAAAACUGCUGGAAGAGCGAGUUCAUGUUGCCUGCAAAGAUAUAAUUACUCUUGAAAAGCAGAUGAAGCUUCUAGAAGAGGAAGAAAAAGAAAAGCGUGAAGAAGAAGAGCGCAAAGAGAGGAGAAGAACAAAAGAAAGAGAGAAAAAGUUGCGAAGAAAGGAGAGGUUGAAAGGGAAAGAAAAAGACAAAGAUAUGGAAUGUUCUGAAGUAAAUGACAUUCCUGCUCUUGAUGUUGUCUCAAAGGAAGAAUCAUCACUACAUGCUGAUGAGGAGCCUAAUAGUUCCAUUAGCUGCAAGGAUUCAGUUAUUGAAGCUGAUGAUCAGAUUCUAUCUAGGCCUGGAUCUCCUGAGACACGUGAUGAACAGUUCCAAAAAGAUUUUAUCAUUUCAAAAAGUGAAGACCACUGUUAUGAUAGUCCUGAUGGUGAAAUCACCAAUGGAAGAGGUGAUAGUGGUUCUUUUACAGUUGAGCAAUCAAAGUUUUCACGACGGAGAUUAAAAUAUAGGAGAGAAGCUCAACUAGAUGCAUCUUUGAAGUGGUCUGACCGACGCAGAUAUGCUGCUGUUUCAGACUGUGCUUCUGUGGUUAGUAGAUCUGAGUCGAGAUGUAAUGCUGAUAAUUUUGAGACUCCAUCAAGGGUCAUCAAUGGAUCAAAUAGGCAAUUAAGAGUGAAUGGCCCGAAGUCCAAUGGUCGACAUAGUGGUCCUAAGUUUACUGAGAAGUUUCUCUCCCCAAGUAACAGGAUGGGUGACAGAUACGACUUCAAUUCUUGCAGCUGUAACAAAAACACUGAAUAUAGAGCAAAGGUAGAGCCCCAUGUUUCUGCUGCCAGAUUGGGAUGGGAUACUAAAACUGCAAGUAAGUCAGAAUCUGCAUUAGAUAUGUCCAAGCAAUUCUAUCGUGGUAACAGGUAUAACCAAGUAGGAGACUUGCGUGAUAGUUGUGUAAGACCCAAAAGCAAAGUCAAUUAUGGGGACAAUCCUAGUAGAGAUUUGGUUCAUCCCAAGAAAAUUUGGGAGCCCAUGUAUCCUAGAAGUAACUCAGACUCCGAUGUUACCUUGAGGUCAUCUGCUUUCAAGGAUGAAGAUAAAAUCGUGAAGUCACCUGGUGAUAUAUGUACAGGUGAAGAUGGGGUAGAUGCUGGUGAGAUUGAUGUGGAUAAUAACUUGAAGGAAUCAAGAAAAUCCAGCACAGGAAUGGAUGUCAACUGUCAGAGUGGAUUUCAUGCAGGAGCACAGGAUUCUUGCAACUCAACAAAAGCCACUUAUGAGGAGAUUGGAUUAUGCCCUAUCGGUUCUGUACUUAAUUCCAUUGACUCUACAUCAAAAGGAACUUCUGACCCCACUGUCAGCAGUACUUCUAAUUCCGAUAACUGCUCGUCAUGCCUAAGUGAGGGAGAUAGCAAUACAACCUCGUCAAAUCAUGGACAUCAGGAAUCUUCAUCCACAUCAGAUUCAGAAGAUGCCAGCCAGCAAUCAGGAGGAAAGGAAACUUCUAUAUUCAUUCCAAAUGGUUUCCGAGACCAUGAAGUUGGUAUGGAGAAUAAUCAGAGUGCAAAAGGAGAGUCUAUCGAAAGCAGGACACCGAUUGGUCCUUCACUGAGUGGAGCAGGGAGUAACAUUUUGGGGAAUCCAUCAACAAAAAUUGCUCAGAGUUUUGAUAAUGGUUUGUCUGCUGUUAAUGUGGGUUCACAGCAUCAUGGCAUGCUUCCUCCGAUGCAUAACCAAAAUGUACAGUUUCCCGUGUUUCAAGGUCCUUCAACAAUGGGUUACUUUCACCAAAGUCCAGUUUCUUGGCCUGCUGCUCCAGCAAAUGGAAUGCUAACAUUUCCGAACCAUUACUUAUAUGCUGGUCCUCUUGGGUAUGGUAUGAAUGGAAAUUCAGGCUUCUGCAUGCAGUAUCCUGUGCAGCACGUACCUCCCUUGUUUACCCCUGGCCCCGUUCCAAUUUAUCAGCCAGUCAUCAACAGAGAGGAGCCCGCUCAGAUAUCUACCCCGUGUAUGCAAGACUAUCCUAAAGAAGCUAGUACAGAGAGUGUGGAUCCAUCUGGAGCGCAUUCAAGGCAAGCACCACCAACUGGAGAAAGAGCGCACGAUGAUAAUUCUGGAAAAUUGCAUACGAACAAUGAUGGCUUUUCCUUAUUCCAUUAUGGUGGCCCUGUUGCUAAUCCACCAGGAUAUAUGCCUUCGAAAGAACAGACCGUUACGGAUUCUCCCUUAAAAUGUUCGGAUCAUGUUGAGAAUGAUCAGGCGUGUUACAAGGAGGCUACCAUUGAAGAAUACAACCUGUUUGCAGCAAGUAAUGGCAUAAGGUUUCAAUUCUUCUGAGGUAAGAAGGUGUGAGGCGGCUGUUGAGGAAUAUGCAGUCCCUAUCUUCUUAUAUCGAGAUGAAGGUUUGUGGUACUCGGUACUCAAUAAUCUUCCUUUGAAAAAUUCCAAUUUUUAGCUCAAUAGUUUUGCGUUUUUCGAUUUGCCCCAUUGAUUUUUGUUUUUCCUAUAUAGUAGAGAGAAAAAGGUUGGAAGAGUGCGUCAAUGUUUGAAGAGUUUUCUUUUUCGUUUUUUUUUUUAAUUAAUGAAGAAUUUGUUGUUAUGGAAGUUUACUCUUGUAUUUUAGAGCUUGUUUUAGGAUUUUGAACCUCCUAAAGCAUUUUAUUAAAAGAAUUUUCUGGGAUGAUGAAAAUAAUGGAGCUUAUAUGAUGAGGAAUUUAUGUGUUAUGGCUUGAGUGCA